AAAGCUAUAUGUAUAUAUAUAUAUAUGUAAUUUUAUUAUGAAAAUAUGCUAUGCCCGCGCUUUGUAUGAAGAACAUUCAGUUUUGAGUGCUUUCCAAAUCAAGACCGAAAUAGAUUCUUGCGAGAAUAAUCUUUCUAACGUUGUGUGUCCUUUUGCCCUUUUGCAUUAAAUUAAAUUUAAAAAAUUUUAAUUAUUAUAUCUGUGCUUUUCGCAUUUGUUUUCGAUCAAUGGCAGAAGUACAAAGUUUGCGUACUUUUUUAAAAGAAAAAAGAUUUCAAGUAUAAUAAAAAAUAAUUGUGACUUCACGUUAAAAAGAAAUCCUAUACUAAUGUCAUUUCGAUGUGAACUAACCCAAGUGGCGAUAUAUGUAUACAAGGUCAAGGUUUCUGCAUGACCUUCCAAAGCGAAUAUUUAUCGAAAGAAACAACAAAGUAGAGUUUAAAAAGAAUUAGAAGAAACUGUCUUAAAUCUUAAAACUCGAUGUAUACAUUCUUGACAAUUUUAAUUUAUCGCAUAGUAAUUGAGCAUAGUAAUAUGGUUCUGUUUGUGUGUAAAUUGUUUCUAAAUUGCAAAAUUAAAGCCGAUAAAACCAUCGGUCGCGAUCUUAUCUGUCUCAAGUAGCGCAACCACAUAAUCACGUCACGUCCUUCUUUCCUGGUGACGUGCGUGCGGUUGCACGCGCUCACGCUCACGCUCGCCCACGCGCUCUCUCGCGAUUUAUUUUCGCUGGACGAUUCUCGCAGCUAUCACGCGUUGCCGCAAUCUCGGCGGAGUCUUGAUCGAGCGCGCAAAUAAUGCUCGAUUUCAACGAUCUAAUAAAUUGAUAGGAUCUUGUCGUAUAGAUAUUCGUGUAAAACGCAUCGAUUUGCGCGAGUAGAAACACCAAGUUACGUAUUGUGUAACCGAGAGACAAGCUUGUAUAUAAUUAAAAUUUGAUGACGCGACGCGCGUGUCGAGUGAAUUUGUGUGAGUGUAAUGUACGGUAAGAGAACAUAAAAUUGUAAUAAACUGCAAACAGUGAGGAAAAAAAUUUAAUUGUUAUAUAUAUAAUUGUUUGUUAUUUUAAUCGUAUGUAAAUGUAUAAAAAAAAAAACGUAAAAGUUGAGUAACAUUAACUUAAGAGAGUCAGACAAUUCCAAAGUAUAUGUACGAUCAACAGGUGUUCUAGAAGCAAACAGAAAAUCUAGUCGUGAUCAGUUCGCGCACUUAAUCUUCGAACAAGUUUUGUUGCAAUUAUAUUGCAAAAUUAAAUGUUAAUUACCUAAAUGUAUGUAUACAAUUGUAUACGAUAAUCAAUUUGUAAAAUAAGUUAAUCAGCUGAGCAAUUAAUACUCUGUGAAUGACAAUUGUUAACGAGUUGAGAAAGGUUCGAGACGGGCAUAAUAAGACGAAGAGAGAAUGGUUCACGAGAACCACGAGGACGAACCUUCGUCAAUAACAGAGCCUGCGACCAUACCGCUGGGCGAAUUAUUGGUGCACACGUCGAUGCCGGCGGCGACGGCGGUCGCGGUAAAGUUGUGCGGCGACGAUUCCGCGGAAGAGACUUGCGAGGUCGUCAAUCAGAAAAAAAAACGAGACAUCCUGAGCACGUUUAAAAGAAGAGCCUUCAACAGAAUUAGUCUCAAGGCCGAGUCAGGUCCUUUGCUGAGCAGAUAUCGUCAAACGAGAUUCAGUUCCAGAAGAGUUCGCAAAAGAGUAGUUUUCAAGCAAGGUGACUGUAAUGUUGUGCAGGGAAAUGUUGCCAAAAGACGACGACGAUACCUUCAAGAUAUUUUUACAACGUUGGUAGACGCACAGUGGCGAUGGACGCUUCUGGUGUUCUCCAUGAACUUUCUGUUAUCCUGGUUAGGAUUUGCGCUCAUAUGGUGGCUGAUCGCGUACAGUCAUGGCGAUCUUGAUCCCGCGAAUUACAACAACAACACUUUCACGCCGUGCGUCAUGGGGAUCCGCAAUUUCGCUAGUUGUUUCCUCUUUUCCGUGGAGACGCAACACACAAUAGGAUACGGAGCGAAGCAUACGACGGACGUGUGUCCGGAGGCGAUCUUCACGAUGUGCAUCCAAUCGAUGACCGGAGUAAUCCUGCAAGCGUUCAUGGUCGGCAUCGUGUUCGCGAAGCUGUCACGUCCCAAAAAACGCACGCAGACACUUCUCUUCUCGCGGAAUGCUAUCAUCUGUCAACGAGAUGGCCAACCUUGUCUCAUGUUUCGUGUUGGCGAUAUGCGCAAGAGUCACAUCAUUGAGGCUCACGUCCGCGCACAGAUGAUCAAAAGGAAGGUUACGAAGGAAGGUGAAUUGUUACCAUUCUUCCAGACUGAAUUGAAGGUAGGAUGCGAAGACGGAGAAGAAGACAAGAUCUUCUUUAUCUGGCCCACGACGAUAGUGCACAAAAUCGAUCGGCACUCGCCGCUGUACAGAAUAUCAGCAAGUGAUAUGUUGCGCGAACGUUUCGAAAUCGUUGUGAUAUUAGAAGGCGUGAUCGAAUCGACCGGUAUGACGACACAAGCAAGAAGCUCGUACUUACCGUCGGAGAUUUUAUGGGGUCAUCGGUUCCAACCCAUCAUCACCUUUCGCAAAGAAACUGGCGAAUAUGAGGUCAAUUACAUGCUCUUCAACAAUACUUACGAAGUCGACACUCCGCUUUGUUCCGCCGCCGAUCUCGAUCGCAUUCGAGCGAUGCAUCGCACAAAAGCUGAACAUCCCAGUUCAAAUGCAUUUCCAGGAUAUCACGAUACCUGUAGUAGUAGUUCCUCAAUGACUUCCGGAUCGAGUUUGGGAUCUUCGAUUGGUGGAUUACACAUGCAAAUGCCGACAAUGUUGCCGCCACCACCACCUCCAAACCCGAUUUCGGUUAUGAUCACCGACCCGGAUGGUUUCUGCAGACGAGAGAGCGUCAACAUGCAUCGCGACAUGUUGCAGUUAUCAUUUUAUGCACAAGAUGAAGUGAUGAAGAAAGAAGAGCAAGAUGAAAGAGCAAGUGAAAAUCCGAAAAAUGCGGAAGAAUAUGAUUUUUUAGAAGAUGAUGACGUCUAUUUGAGGAAAAGCAAAAAAGAAAAUGAGAUCAACAAAUUGCAGAGACGUGAAUCCAAGAUUACCUCAAAUUCGAAAAGAAGCGAAGAAGAGAGGAGGAGAUCGAAUUUCAGAUCGAUCGCGGAAGAACCUAAAAAAGGCAAUCUAAAAAGAUCGUUCUGCAGAAGUAACGUGGAUAUUAGACAAAAGAGUUUCACGGAUUCCGCAGAAAUACCGUAUUCCGAAGUGCUUAGAAGAUCCAGUUUAUGUGACGGUUACAAGAAUGACUCUAAGAAAACAGACUUUAUUCUCGAGGAAAAAGACCUUACAAAUCAUUCCCAAAAUACAAAUCUGACUAAACAGACAUAAGGUCGAAGACUAUCGAGAUGGGGGGGUUUAGGUGAAAAUCAAUCUUAUAAACAAUUUAAAGAAAAAUCAAAUAGAAAAGAAAUGAAAGA